AUGCAUUUGUUUCUCACACUCGUACAUAGCACCAUGGAUCGGGUGAAAAGAUUUUACCAGGAUUUCAUCCAUAUCAAGCUGCAUAGCUUCAGCCGUAUCAGUAGAUAUGUCGUUGAUUCGAUAGUUUUCAUCUAUCGAUUCGUCGCAUUGCAUGUUCAUCCAUUCUGGAUCCAACUGUCCUACUUCCUUGCCAUUGCUAUACUUGGUUCAGUCCUCUUGAUAUCGCUGAAACCAAGCAAUCCUGAGUUCAGCCCUCCUUAUAUUGACAUGUUGUACUUGUCAACCUCUGCUCUAACAGUUUCUGGCCUCAGCACCGUCAAGAUGGAGGACCUCUCGAGCUCUCAGAUUGUGGUCCUAACACUGCUCAUGCUUGUAGGAGGGGAGAUCUUUGUUUCACUCUUAGGCCUCAUGCUUAGAGUGAACCAUCAAGACAUGCAAGAUCUUCCGAGCGUGAAGAUCAGCUCAGUUCCGGUCGAGCUUGAAGUGCUAGACUUGGCCAACAGCAUGGCACUAUGUGAUGAGUCGCAGCUUGAAGACGCUUCUCAUGCAAUUCCACCAAAGAAAUGUACAGAGUUGAAGAGGAGUAGGUCUGUCAAGUGCUUAGGAUAUGUGGUCUUUGGGUACUUCGCCGUGAUCCAUGUCUUGGGUUUUGUGCUGGUUUUUCUGUAUAUAACUCAUGUGCCAACUGCAAGUGCCCCACUGAACAAGAAAGGGAUCAACAUCGUGCUCUUCUCACUAUCAGUCACCGUCGCCUCCUGUGCGAAUGCAGGACUCGUGCCCACAAAUGAGAACAUGGUCAUCUUCUCAAAGAAUUCAGGCCUCUUGUUGCUGCUCAGUGGCCAGAUGCUCGCAGGCAACACAUUAUUCCCUCUCUUCCUGAGGCUACUGGUAUGGUUCCUGGGGAAGCUCACAAAGGUGAAGGAGCUGAGGCUCAUGACCAAGAACCCCGAGGAAGUGCAUUUUGCUAAUUUGCUUCCUAGGUUGCCGACUGUGUUUCUCUCCUCGACGGUCAUCGGCAUUGUAGCAGCUGGGGUCACGCUGUUUUGCUCUGUUGACUGGAACUCUUCAGUGUUUGAUGGGCUCGGCUCUUAUCAGAAGACAGUCAAUGCAUUCUUCAUGGUGGUGAAUGCGAGGCACUCUGGGGAGAAUUCCAUUGACUGCUCGCUCAUGUCCCCUGCCAUUGUAGUAUUAUUCAUCGGCAUGAUGUAUUUGCCAUCAUCAGCAACAUUUGCACCACCCAGUGGAGACACUAAAACCACCAAUGAGAACACGAAAGGGAAAGGCAAGAGAGGGUCGUUGGUGCAGAAUUUGGCAUUCUCACCGCUCGGGUGUAACAUCAUCUUUGUGAUAGUUGCCUGCAUCACUGAAAGGAGAAGGCUCAGAAGCGAUCCACUCAACUUCUCCACCUUGAACAUGAUAUUUGAGGUCAUCAGUGCAUACGGCAACGUUGGGCUAUCCACUGGUUACAGUUGUUCUAGGCUGCAUCAGCUGCACCCAGAGAUCAUCUGCCAGGACAUGCCAUACAGCUUUUCUGGAUGGUGGAGUGACGGAGGAAAGUUUCUGCUAGUCUUGGUCAUGCUCUAUGGAAGGCUUAAGGUGUUCGCGGUGUCCACGGGUAAAUCCUGGAAAGUAUGA